UAACACAAAAUGAAAUGAAAAUGGCCGACUGAGUAUAGAAGCGGCUUGCUGUCAAAAUAUUAAAAAUAAAUUAUAACGCAUUAGAGCAACUUUUAUGUAAUUAAACGCUUGUAAUGCCACUUUUUAUCGUAUUGACCGGAUGAAUUCAGUCAUCUUCAUUUCGAAUGCUUCAAAAUUGGACUCGCAAAGGUCAUUUACACCUUUGCCAACUCGCUUCGUGUCUGCGUUCUGAGGCACCAGCGGACGGUCAGGCAGUGCUCAAGAGACCGCCAGGAUGAGCGAGGAUGGCAGCGAUGGCUCGGCGACACCGCCGAGGCCGCAACGGCGCAUCAAGAAAGUGAUGGUGCUAUCAUCCGCCUCAGAGUCCGACAGUGACGAGAGCGAUGGCCCGACGCGGACCCGCAAGAGGCGCCUACGGGUGGUGAGUGAGGAUGAGGGUGCUAGCAGCAGCGGGAGCUCUGUAGGCGCGCGUCGGCGCCGCGCGCUGCCUCAACUCCGCGACUCGGACGGCGACAGCGAUGGCUCAGUCGGUCCGGCCCCUUCCGCCCCUCCCAAGCCCGCCUCAGGCUUUGCCUCAGACAGCUCUGAGGGCAACUCUGACAAAUGCUCCAUCUGUCUUAUGAGAUUUACAGAACAAGAAGUGGGCACACCUGCGAACUGCGAGCACAUAUUCUGUUUAGACUGCAUCACAGAAUGGUCCAAGAAUGUGAACACUUGUCCAGUGGACCGCAUCACUUUUGAUUCUAUAGUAGUGAGGACAUGUGCGGGUGGACGGGUGUUGCGUUCGGACCCUGUUCAGGUAACAGACCGCCGUCCCUCUGUGGAGAUGCUUGUCAUUGAGGACCCAACCGUUUGUGAAAUCUGUGGCAGUAUGGAGAAUGAAGACUCAAUGCUGCUGUGUGAUGGUUGUGACCUGGGUUUCCACAUGCAGUGUCUCACACCUCCACUACUUGAAAUCCCUAUAGACCAAUGGCACUGCCCAAGCUGCAUCAGCCGUGGUCUGCACAACAUUGGAAGCUUGGAAGACAUUAUAUAUCUCUCGGAGGUGGAUGAUCUCUUCACUGGCAUUGCUGAUAUGGAGCUCCCUCAGGGCCCGCGCGCUGUGCCUCUCAGACAGACUAGGGAAGUUAGAAGGUCUUCAAGAAACCAAUCCACGGAGGAGCCGUCCACCUCGUCGGGCCGCCGCGGCGCGCCGACGGACGCGGCCGGCCUCCGCCGCGCGCGCGCCCCGCCGCGGCGGCGCCGCAAGCCCACCCGGAGAAGAACCAAGACUGUCAUCAUCGAGUAUGAGAUUGAGGAGAACGGGAAGUUCCCUAUUACCAGACGGGUGAAGAGGACUGUUAGGAAACGGAAGACCCGCAAGCGGCGGCCGCGCACCGCCGCGCGCCGCGCGCUGGUGCGCCAGUCCGUGCGCGCGCAGCUGGCCGCCCUCGCCGCGCCGGCCCCUACUCCCGGCACCGUCAGCGACCUCCAUGUCAGGCGAGCCCGGGCGGGAAUACCGACUUUAAAUCUCUUCGGCUCCGAGAGGGAUCUGGAAUAUUUCUCGGAUGAAGAAGUCGCAUCGGAGGGAGCUUCAACAGUAGCGAGGGCUGUGCGACCGAAUGCGGCCGUCUUCAGUGCUUAUAGACAGGCUCGUCGUAAGAUGGUGUCGGUGCCAUCUCCCCCUCACGCCACAGCAGCACCCGACCUACUGUCCGACAUAUUGGAGCGCCAAACGCUCCUGCACUCUAAGCGUUCUGUAGUGUCCGUGACGGUGGAUGGCCAGAUCAGCAUCAAACUGCGCGGCGAAGGCAGAGUCGAUGUUAGCAAGGCCUCCGACCCGCCGGUGCGCUCCGCACCCGCGCACGGGCAGCGCGGCGGCUGGGGCGGCGGCUACAGCGGCAACUACCAUCGCGAGCAGAGCGCUAAUAACUUUGGUCGGGGGUACGAGUACGGCCCCAACGGCGGCGAGAACAACUAUCCAAACCGAGGCAAUAACUACGGCGGCGCGCGGCGGGACGAAGAAUCAUGGGGCGGCUUCCCGCGCCGCGGCCCCGCGCCCCCCUCGCCCGCCCCCGCCACCCCCUCCCCCGCCUGCGCGCGCCCGCGCCGGCCCGAGCCCCGGCAGCAGGCGCCGCCGCACAGAUUAGACAACAGACACAGCCUAGGCCCCGCAUGGCCGCGGGCGCGGCCUGAAGCCCCCGGGCCCCAGCGGCACUCGUUCGGGGGCUUCGAUAACCCCCUCGACAUGCGCGUGGCCCCCCACCCCCACCCCGCGCCCGCACAGGACCGCCCCUUCAGACCCCUGCCCGAACCCCCCGUCUUCGCCUUCGACAAAUUACCUGAAGAAAAAUCAGAGGAUGGAAGCGAUUCAAGCCUAGUAAUCGACACUGAAAAAUAUGACCCGACCGAACCGACACAUGAUGACGAUGAGGAGGAGGAACCGCCUCAAACAUCUGCACCGGUCUUCGGUCCAUUACCAGCCCCGCCGGUACCUCCUAAAAUCGAUUCACCCCCCAAAUCCCCAGAAAUCACACCCCCGCCUACUCCUAUCACUUCAGUCCCACCCCUCCCCCCCGCUCCGGCCCUCCCAGCUGGUUUACUAGAUACAGCAGUCAGACAAGUCUUAGAAGAGCACAGAGCGCUUAUGGAACCCCCGCAAAAUAACUCCGAUGACGAUUCCGAUGGAGAUUGCCCUAACUUCUCUAUUUAUUCCGCCACGAGCGUACAUAUAGCGAGCGCGGGCUCUCUAGCGCCCCCUACAAUGCGUUCUAAACCUGAUCUUGAUAUGACUGAUUUAGUGCAAGAGGAUGACGAACCUGUUAAAACUCCUGAAGAAGAAGAAGUCAAAACUCCUGAACCGACUCCGACUAAGAAAGACGACUACAAAGAAAAGGUUUCCAAACGCUGCCCUAUAACACCCAACACUCGAGACCCGAUCAAAAUUAAACUAAACACUCCAUCGCUUAUAAAACGUGUUAGCCUUUAUGAUGAUGAGGAUGUUGCUGAAAAAAAUGAGGAACCGAGUACAGAGGAGCCAGAAGCCCCGGAACCGACAAGUGAUGAAGUUAAAACUUCAGAAGAGCCCCCAGAAGAUGACAAAGAUAGUGAUAAAACGCUGAUGGUAACGGAUGAGAAUAAAGAAGAUGAUAAUGAGGAAAAAGAUGACAAAGAGGAAAAAGAAGAUGAUAAAGAGGACAAAGAUGAAGACAAUCAGGAUAUAGAAGAGGAAGAAAACGCCGAUGAAGCUAAAAUCAGAAGUCCAUCGCCAAAAGAAGAUAAAACACCAGAAAGGCCAGCGGAAGAUCUCGAAGAAGGGGAAAAACAAAAUGGAACCGCCACUCCUAGUGAACGUUCACCUUCUGCACAUUCCCCGGGUUCCCCACAUUCUCCACGAUCUGAUGACGGAACGGAGAAGGAGUUGGCCGCUAUAGCUGACGGUGAAGGUGCUCCAGAAAAAAUGACCGAAUCCAUUAGUGAAACGGAAGAUGAACGCUCAUACACACCAUGUUUAGACGAGAACCAGAGCAAGGAUGACUUGAGACUAGAAGGCGAGGCGCUUGGCACAGAAAUGAUCUCCGAAGACGAAGCUAAUGGCGUGUUCAGUGACGCCGCCGGCUCUCCGACCCCGCCCGAGCCGGACGGCAAGAAAAAGAAACGCAAAGAAGGCAAGAAAGAUGGAAAAACUAAGAGUAAAGGAAAGAAAGAUAUAGCGUUUAGAAAGUUGAGCAAAGCGGGCCGCGAGCGCAGCUAUAGAGAUAAAGACAGACGCCGGCGCUCAGGGUCGGGGUCACCGCGCCGGGCGGCCUCGGAACGACGCAGGCGCGAGAAACGCAAGGAUUUAGAGAGAUACGAUGUUCGAUCAGUCGUCACAGAGAAGAGAAAGAAACAGAAAGACCCGUUCGGAAGGGAUGUGUCCCCGGCACGAUCCGCGUCGCAUUCCCCGCAGCCGGAACGCAGGUCCUUAUCGCGCGCGCGGCGUUCUAUAUCGCGCCCGCGUAGGUCGCUGUCGCGGCCGCGCAGAUCUUUAUCGCGCGUCCGUCGAUCGCUGUCACGCGUGAGGCGAUCGUUAUCCCGGCCGCGCCGGUCGCUGUCGCGCGCUAAACGCUCCAUAUCCAGGCGGUUAACACCUAGUCCGCGAAUUCGUCGGGCGAGUUUACGCUCACUUACCCCGUUAUCACCGCGUGGUUCGCCUCCGCGACGCUCUGUAUCGCCACGCCGAGUCCGCAAGCGCCGCAAGUCGCCGUCACCGAGGCGAAGGGUGUCUCCUCGUAGACGGGAACCGUCGCCCGUUCGCGCUCGUAAGCGAAGACGCUCCGCCAGCCCUAAGAAGGCCGGUAAAAAGAAGAAGCGCGCCCGUUCGCCACCGGCGCCUGCGCCCCGUCGCCGCGAAGAACUUCGACGUAAAUCGCCCAAGCGUAAAAAGAAGAGACGCAGCCGUAGUCGUUCUCCAGAGCUAUCCCCCGGCCCGCCGGCCGGCUGGUCGCCACUGUCGGUCGAUUCUCGAUUGUUAUCGCCGCGCACACCCCCGCCGGACGCGUCACCGGCGAAACGUCUCGGUAAACGUAAGCGCAAGGAACCGCGCCGCCGCGAACGCAUCAAACACAAGCGCGGUAAAGAUCAGCCCGCGCCCAGCAAAGAAGUAUUCACAUCCGGGGACAAUAUCCUCGUUAGCGUUAGUUUCGCCGAGCAGCAAAAGACAGCCGGACCUGCGGAAAGACGUAAGCAUCGCGAGGCGCGGCGCGAGAAACGCAAGCGUCGACGAACAGCGCCGGUCACCGACGAUAACGCUAAACCUGUAGCUAUCAUAGAUUUAGAACGCUCGCCGUUCCGCGAGCUCACUCCCUCCCCUAAAAACGUGAUCGUUCUCAGCGAUAGCGACCACGGUGAGAAAGAACCAGCAGUUCAAAAAGAGCCGGAGCCUGCUCCGGCGGCGCCCGCGUUCGCUUUAGGCGCCGUUGGGCCUAAGACACCGCCGGAGCCCGCCGCGCAGCCUGCACCCGCCCCUGUUAAGUUCAGUCUCGCGGCGAAGCCCGGUACAGCACCUCGAGCGCCCAACCCACUCAGAGAAGACGAGGAACCGGCGCCAGCUGAAGCUGAAAACGGGCCAAACACACCUCCUGAACCUCCCGAUUCUCCGGACGCCUACGAUCCGUUCGAGCCGACCCGGUCGGCUUCAGCUUCGCCCGCCCGAGCGGCGUCGCCCGCGGCGGCCGAGGCGUCGCCCGAGCGGCCCAGCAUGACUCUGGAGGCGGCGCAGCGGACCAACCUGUCGGCGGACGAGGUCAUCGCGAGAAGGCCGCUGUCGCCUAUUGAGAAGGUGAUGGCGCUCCUGCAAUCAACGCGCGACGAGUCCCCUGAACCAGUCCCGGCGGCCGGCAACCACCUGCCCGCGCCCGCCACGCCCGCGCCCCCCUCCGCCCCCCCGCCCGUGCCCCGCAUCCUCCUCCCCGAACCUACCCGCGCUCAACCCAAACUCUUCCUCGCCAAACCUUCCCCCAUCAAAUCCAACCCGAUCAAACCCAUGCAAGCUACGAAGAUAUCCAUGCUGCCGUUGCCCAGGCACGAGGGCGGGGACUCCCCCUACUCGCCGGGCUCCAGUGACUUCGGGGACCUGUUCUCGCCGCCGCCGGCGGGCAAGCGAGACGCGUUCGACUCGCUGUUCGGCGCGAAGCCGAUUAAACGCAAGGAUAAGUCGCACGCUAAGGUGCCGGUCAAGUUUAACAGGAAAAAGGGUAAAGGCAACAAGACGCAAGUAGGUGUCAAGAUAGACGACGACAACCUGAAGAUCCUGGACGAACUGCCCAGCUCGGCUGUCGAGAUGCAGGUUAAGAGCAAGUUCUUGAAGAAACUGAAUCGACAAGAACGCGUAGUGGAGGAAGUUAAACUCGUGCUGAAGCCGCACUACACGCGCAAGCGCGUGUCCAAGGAGGAGUACAAGGAUAUCCUGCGCCGCGCCGUGCCCAAGAUCUGCCACAACAAGACGGGUGAGAUCAACCCCACGAAGAUUCAAGCCCUAGUGGAAGCGUACGUCAAAAAAGCGCGCAAAAAGCACAAGCUCGGCCUCGCGUAACCUCCCCUUAAUCAUAGUUAAGCUAUUUAUACUUAAAUGAAGUAUGAGUGAAGUGAUCAUGUACUAGAUGAAUUCCUUAUUUAACAUAGUUUGCGAUAGAUAUAUUUCUUCACCUGUCGGAUAAUAUUAAUUGAUCGUUAAUUUAAUAAUAAAAUAUAUUUUAGUUGGAUGGAGUAUUACUAUUUGAUAGUGCGAGCUCCGUCGGCAGCGCGCGCCAUAUACAUAAUGUAAAUAAUAUGUACAUAUUUAAUUGGAGUGAAA